CUUCACAUCACAUCUGCACAUCCUUCAGCAGCACAAGACAGGAAAUAUAGUUCUGUGAUUCUUCUUAUUACUGUUUAAACGACACAAGAUUGCAAAUGGGAGCAAGUGAAUCAAUUGCAGAAUGGAGGACAUUUGACUGGAGAGAGAAGGAAGCACUGAAAGAACGUCUAAAAACUUUUACUCCGAGUAAUCCAGAUGUAACAAACAUUAAGAUCCUGGUGGCUGGACAAAUUGGAGCAGGGAAGUCCAGCUUUAUUGAUUCUGUCCUUAGUGCCUUCCAAGGAGAAAUAGUUAAUGAAGCACUAACUGACAGACGUACGAAAAGACUGAUAAAAUACCGCAUCAGAAGUGGACAUGCAGAUUUGCCUUUUGAAAUCUGUGACAUAAAAGGUUUAGAACCUGAAAAAAUAUCUAAGAGUCAAAUAGAUGACAUUGUCAAAACCAUAUAUGGACAUGUGAAGGAGGGAUAUGAAUUCGGGAAGAAACCUCUCACUAGAGAUGAUGAACAUUACAAUGAAAACCCUUCACUGUCUGAUCAAGCAUUCUGCCUAGUUUACGUCAUAGAGGCAAAUACAUUCCAACCCUAUGCAGAAGAUAAGAGAAUUAUAGAGAAAUUGAGGAACAUUCACCAAGAAAUCAGUGAUAAAGGGAUUCCUCAAGUGAUUGUCAUGUCUAAAGUGGAUGAAGCAAGUUAUCUUGUCAAAAAUGAUCUACAGAUGGUCUACAGAAGCUCGAUCAUCAAAGAGAAGAUGGAGUUGUGCAGUGCCAAAUUGGGUGUUCCAGUGAGCCACAUCUUCCCAGUGAAGAACUAUCAUAAUGAGAUUAACACAAAUGAUGUUGUUGAUGUUUUGAUUCUCAAGGCACUGGAUCAGAUUGUGCGUUCUGCUGAUGGAAGACUGAGGCGUGGUGCUUACAAUGUAUGAGUUUUCAGGACAAAAAUCAACAAUAAUAGCAUUUAGAGUUGAAUGAAUAUUAAAUGACUAGAAGUAUAUCAUCAUUUGAAUCAAGACACAUUCUGUGUGCAACAUAGUACAGGUUAUAGCCAACAUUUGAGAAUGAUAAAAGUGACUCACACAUACACACAGUAUUAGAAAUUACUACACAAAUUAGUUGUGUCAACCUUAUUGACUUUAACACAAUAAACAAACAAACUCAAAAUGAUAAAAAAAUAAUAGUCAUUCUAUUUGAAGAUUCAAGUUCAAAACACUUGCAUUUUGUAUCUAACCCAUAUAUUUUAUAUUCCUAUUAUAUUCCUAUAUUUUAUAUAUAAGGCUUCUGAGUGAUAUGUUUGUACUAAAAUCAUGUCAGCUCUUCCUGUUGUUGUUGCUUGCUUCCCUUUCCUGCUCUUCUUCUGUGUAAUGGUAAUUGGUUGUCUUUGUGCAUUUUGCUCCCUACUGAACUUUUCUACAAUUAUAUUCUUUUUAUUAUCAACUGGUGCUAUGUUUCAGUUCAUCACCUGUUGGGCUCCCAUUUAAAAACGUUGCGUACGCACAAAAUGGGCAUACACAAUUUUCAAUGCACAUAUAGGGAUUUAUAAAAAAGAAACUUGCCGUGUUUAUGUACGUAACGUACAGGCAUUCUAGACCAUGCAUAUGCAUUCUUUUUCCUGGAGUGAGAAAAGUAAAAAGUAAACAACAAUUUUAAAAUCUGUUUUCAUUUCGAUAUACACAUUUACAUUUGAUAUUCCACUCUCAUUGAUGGGGAUAAUCACUGAAAUUACAUAUGCAAAGUCAAUAUGCAGAAGUGAAAAAAUUAUAAGAAUUUAGGCAUGUUUAGUGGAUGUGCUUGAUCACUUUUUAUUUCACAGUAUUUUUGUGAGAACAAUGAUAAAUUAUGCGCAUUUAUCAAUGCACAGUGAAACACUGCUGGAUUCGUUGAAACGCCAUAUCUAUAUUGUCUGGUUUGAAUAAGUCCAGUGAUAAUAUUUUACUGUACAAUCGCAGCUGAUCAACAUUAUGAAAAAUAUGUUAAAUGUGUCACGUAGAUGGGAAUAUGCAUGGAAAUGAUAUGCAGAUGAGGUUAUAUAUAUGAGGUUUUGUGCAGGUUGUGGCGUACACAGAAUCUAGCUUUUGUGCAUACGUACAUUUCUAGGAUGAAAUCUAUAAAGAGUUUUAUAAGUGAGACCCCAGGCCUCUUUCGUACAUGGCCUCUAGAUGGCAGUUCUUAAUAAUGCAAUCCCAGCUCUAAACUCUCUCUCUCUAUAUAUAUAUAUAUAUACAGUGGGGAUCGAAAGUUUGGGCAC